CGCGUAUACUUACCCUCUGCGACCAUAAUCAAUAAUCGCCGCUAGUCUACACGCGUACCUGCUUCCACAGUGUAAGGGCCUGUGUGCUUUGGCCAUGUUUUGUUCCUCCCUAACAAGCACUUUCUGUAUAAGCACCAGGGUGGUGGACCCCAUUCGUCUUCUCUUUUGCAUCCUCAACGACUGCGCUCCUGCUGCGCCUUCAAACCCUCCAACCCCCGACCGCCAAACCUCCAAUGGCCGAGCUGAAGCCAUACAGAGGCUCUUACUACCUCUGGAACUAUGUUCCUUCCACCGUCGCUGCUGCUAUCUUUGCAGCCCUCUUCGCUCUGGGCAGCUUCUAUAUCAUCUGGCGCAUGUUUAGGACUCGCGCCUGGUUCUGUAUUCCCUUCGCUCUUGGUGGGCUGUUCGAGCUUGUCGGUUACUGCGCUCGAGCCGCAGCCAGAGACAAAACCGAUCAGCUGACGCCAUUCAUCAUCCAAAAUAUCCUCAUCCUCGUCGCGCCGGCGCUAUUCGCGGCGUCUGUGUACAUGGUGCUCGGACGUCUCAUCCGCUCCCUCGACGCCGAGUCUCACUCCGUCGUGCCUGUUAAAUGGCUCACAAAGAUCUUCGUUUUCGGAGACGUCGUCUCGUUCAUCGUUCAGGCCAGCGGCGGAGGGAUCAUGAGCACUGGCAACAGCAUAAAGACAGGAGAGAACAUCAUUCUGGGAGGUCUUUUCGUCCAGAUCAUCAUAUUCGCACUGUUUGCGGUGACCGCAGCCAUCUUCCACGCACGUCUGGACCGCCGACCCACGGAAGCGUCUCUGGAAAGAUCGUCUACCUGGAGGAGCACCAUGAUGAUGCUGUACGUGGUUAGCGUGCUUAUUAUGGUGCGGUCCAUCUUCCGCGUUGUGGAGUAUAUCAUGGGUCAUGAUGGCUAUCCUCUGAGGAACGAGUGGACAUUGUACGUGUUCGAUGCAUUGCUGAUGUUCGGGGUGGUUGUAGUGUUUGCAUGGAGGUUCCCCGGGGGAAGGGUACCCAGCAAGUCCAAGGGUCGCGAUACUGGAGAACCUUCGGUGGAAUUGCAGGGAAGCGUCAGCGACUUGACCCAGCUGAAAUGAGAACAUUUUGGAAGGCUGCAGCUCGCGCUGCCAAAAGUGUAGAUCCUGGAGUGCUGUAAGUUGCUACACUCUAGGCCAAGGAGACCCUGGACUUAAUAGAGCAGCAGCGCCUGGCAGAAGUAGACGCUCGCAUUCUCAGAGACGCGAGUUUGACUGCUCACAAGCAAUUAGCCAAUCAGCACAAGGAGCCAUUGUUACUACACGUCGAUCCUCACUU